GAACAGUAGUCAAGUAAAAUUCAUUCAAUAAACAUCCAUAAUCAUCCUUAAACCACAACACAAGUGUGUGUUUGUUUGUUUAUCAAAUUUCCCCAUCUCAUAAAAAUGCUUAUCCAAUCAAUUUGCCUGAGAAAACUGUGCACUGCUCAUACUCAAACUAUGAGCACCGCAACAAUGGCUGCAAUCUCACUGGCUCACUCCACCUUCUUCUCUAAACCUUCACUCUUCCUCUGCACUAAUCGUGUUGCUGCACUCGCUUUCUCCACUGUAUCUGCUGUCUCAUCCGACAACAACCUACGCACUAAAAAAUGGAGACAAUCUGUGUCAGCUUCUGCUGUUGAACUUGGUGGUGUUAAGAUUGCUAGAGAAGAUGUGGUGCGCGAUGAUCCCACAAACAAUGUCCCUGAUGCAAUUUUCACGAAGCUUGGGAUGCAGCUACACCGGCAGGGCCGACACCCGCUUGGCAUUUUAAAGAAUGCAAUAUAUGACUAUUUUGAUGCGAAUUAUUCCAACAAGUUUGAGAAAUUUGACGAUUUUUGUCCAAUUGUUUCUGUGAAAGCGAAUUUUGAUGAUGUCUUGGUUCCUGCUGAUCAUGUAAGCAGGAGUUAUAAUGAUACAUACUAUGUUGACUCCCAAACUGUUUUGAGGUGUCAUACGAGUGCGCAUCAAGCUGAACUGCUGAGAAGUGGACACACUAAUUUCCUUGUAACUGGAGAUGUCUAUCGUAGAGACUCGAUUGACUCUACCCACUAUCCAGUGUUCCAUCAGAUGGAAGGUGUUCGUGUAUUUUCCCCUGAUGAUUGGGAGUCAUCUGGCCUGGAUGCUACAACUUACACAGCUCAGGAUCUGAAGACAUGUCUGGAGGGGUUGGCACGCCACUUAUUUGGUGCUGUAGAGAUGCGGUGGGUGGAUACAUAUUUUCCUUUCACCAGUCCGUCAUUUGAACUUGAAAUAUUUUUCCAGGAAGAGUGGUUGGAAGUGUUGGGCUGCGGGGUAAUGGAGCGGGAGAUAUUAAAUAGAAGUGGUAAAACAGAAAACUAUGCCUGGGCAUUCGGAUUGGGAUUAGAGAGGCUAGCAAUGGUCUUAUUUGACAUACCUGAUAUUCGGCUUUUCUGGUCGACUGAUGAGCGGUUUACUUCUCAGUUCGCUAAAGGUCAGCUUGGAGUUAAAUUUAAGCCAUAUUCAAAGUUCCCUCCCUGCUACAAAGAUGUGAGUUUUUGGAUAAAUGAGUCUUUUACCGAGAACAACUUAUGUGAAGUGGUUCGAGGCAUUGCAGGAGACCUCGUGGAAGAGGUAAAAUUGAUUGAUAACUUUACCAAUAAGAAAGGCUUGACAAGUCAUUGCUAUCGAAUUGCUUAUCGAUCCAUGGAGCGUUCUCUUACAGACGAGGAAAUAAAUGGGUUACAGUCCAAAGUGAGAGAGGUGGUGGAGGAGAAGCUGAAGGUUGUUUUAAGAUAAGAUUUGUGGCGCCAAGAUCUAUGGCUUGGACUUCUGCCUUGCCAUGUAUCAUCAGCAGGCUGUCUGAGGUAGCUUCUCCUGUUGAUUUGCAUCCACAGUGAAUAAUGGCCCCCAAAGGAUUGCAUGUUCAAGAAUUAGCAGCCGAGCAAGCCAAAAUUCUUUGUUCAAAUCUUGAUGCCUAACCAUUCUCUACCUUUUGCAUCUUUAUCACCCCUUAUUCCCUUCUCCUUGGUGGAGGAAAUACAGAUGAGCUAUGUUUUUGCUUUAAAAACAUACUUCCUCUGGUUUUUAAUAGUUGUACCCAAAGGACUUUUGCUAAUACGCAACUUUGAGCAUUACUACUUUAAAUUGUGUAUGAGUAAAAUUUGUUAAAAGUUGAUUAUAGGAAAAUAUACAUUGAGAUAAAUCAACUAAAUCUCGCAUGACUAUAUCUUUUCUUAUGUAUACAUAGUUAAAGAGGGUCAAA